AUGCCAAAGACACUUCACGAUAUGCUAGCCGAUAUGAUCAGAGAAGUUGAUUAUGAAGAAGAAAAGGUGAACAAGCUUCAAGUAUUCGGGAUUUUACAUCUCGGAUUAAGGGUUCAGGCUACUAGGAUGUGGCGUGCUGGCGGAUCAAUUACUAUUUUCUAUAAGGACCCCAAAGUGUAUUAUUUAAGUAAUAAGUUUUCAGCGGAAGGGGUUAAACUUUCCUCAGCUUCCCUAAUCAUUCAUACCGUUUGUACAGAGCAUUGUGAAGAAUAA